GCGCAAGAAGACCACACGCGUCAUCGACAUGUUUGGAUGUCGCACGUGAAUGACGUCAGUAUAAUCAGUUUGUAACUUCGUAAAUUUAAUCGUAGAUUUAAAAACCAAAUUGCGGAGAUGUCGGCCUUGUGUGGGCCUAGCAACGGCUCUUCAGAUGUGUGUCAAGAUGCCGCAGAGAAACAAGAGAAGGCACAUCCCCGUGUUCUCAUUCCCGAGUUAUGCCGGCUCUUCUACCAGCUUGGAUGGGUGACAGGGACUGGUGGUGGGAUCAGUUUGAGACGAGGUGAUCAGAUCUACAUUGCACCAUCAGGCGUUCAGAAGGAGAGAAUACAGCCAGAGGAUAUGUUUGUGUGUGACGUAGAAGAGAGAGACAUCAGUUGUCCUCCUGCUUGGAAGAAGUUAAAGAAAAGCCAGUGUACUCCACUUUUUAUGAACGCCUACACCAUGAGAGGGGCACAGGCAGUUAUACACACCCACUCCAAGGCUGCUGUCAUGACAACGCUGCUGUAUCCUGGCAAAGAAUUCAGGAUAACACACCAAGAGAUGAUAAAGGGGAUUCGUAAGGGCACCUCAGGCACAAACUAUCGGUAUGAUGACAUGCUGGUAGUUCCUAUUAUUGAAAACACACCAGAGGAGAAGGACUUGAAGGACAGGAUGGCCCGAGCGAUGGACGAAUACCCGGAUUCAUGUGCAGUUCUUGUUCGCCGGCAUGGCGUCUAUGUUUGGGGAGAGUCUUGGGAAAAAGCAAAAACAAUGUGUGAAUGCUAUGAUUACCUGUUUGAUAUUGCUGUCCAGAUGAAGCAGUGUGGUUUGGACCCCUCAGCCCUUCCGGUGGAAGAAAAGGGAAUAGUGUGACAUUUACUGCAGCCCGCCUCAAAAUGGAUGAAAUGUGAUGGUAAGGGCAAAUUCGGGGUUGAAGAUCGAAUGCCUGCAAUCUGGAGGUAGCUGCAGGUACACUGUAAAGCACUGUGGGACAACUCACAAGAGAGUAGCUGUCAAACCAAUGUCCUCAGGUUCAAAUGCCUUUCUGUUCAAGCCUGGCUGCACUGAAAUCAAGGAAUUGCUGUAUGUCAGAGAGAACUAGAGCACAGAUCUCACUUAAUCUGUAAUACUUUUAACUUUGCCUCGGCGAAUAAAACAUGAGAUGUCAGUUGUGACUUGAUGUUUUUUUGUUUACUUAUCUGUCCCUUUCAUUUUUGUAAGCCACAUUUCAUAUUAAACAACUCAUUUACAAAUGACACAAAACUUUGACCGGUGGAAUAAAAAUCACAGCGUACA